AUGGUGUUAGUACCUGACCCCGCUUCACCUCGAUCACGUUCACGUUCGUCUUCAGUCUCAACUACGAAUUCCGAUGUGGCUUUACCUUCUUUCGCGUCUCUAGCUCCUUCGAGACCACCUACAACAGUAGCAGAAGAAGAGACAAGGGUGUCAAUCCCAGGUCUAGAAAAAAAGGUCAUAUUGAAGAUUGAUGCUGGACCGGGAUGUGGUGGGGUUGCUUGGGCAGCAGGCGAGGUGUUAUCGAGAUACAUAUCUUAUAGGUAUAGUAUCGAUCCUACCAUUCUGAGAAAUAAAAAAGUAUUAGAAUUAGGUUCUGGAACAGGAUUGGUAGGUAUCGUAGCUGGGCUAUUAGAUCCUUCAUCAGAAGUAUGGGUAACGGAUCAAGAGAUAUUACUUGAUUUGAUGGAGAUCAACGCUGAACUGAAUAUCCCAUCUCCGAUUCCGAUUCCGACUCCGACUUGGACGACUUCAAACAUCACAAGUGUCAUUGGCAGGAGGAAUGUUCAUGCAGUGGAAUUAAAUUGGGGUGAGGAUCUAUCUGAUUCUGAUAUACCGAUAGAAGAAAUCGAUUUGGUUUUAGCUGCUGAUUGUGUUUACUUCGAGCCCGCAUUCCCCUUAUUGAUAAAGACGCUAUGUGACCUCGCACCGGUAGGUAAAGAAAUGGACAUCCUAUUUUGUUGGAAAAAAAGAAGAAACGCAGAUAAAAGAUUCUUUUCAAUGUUGAAAAAACAUUUCGAUCAAAUAACCAUCCAAGAUGAUAAAAUUGGCGAAAAAGAUAUGUACGGUAAACAAGGUGUAAGUUUAAUCAAACUUGUAAGGAGGAAAUAG